UUCUGCCCAGACAAGUCUACUUUACACUGAUCUUGAAAUGACACCAGAAUGUUUGAAACCCAGUUCUGAAUUGAAAGAUAAUUCAAAAAAUUAUUUUCCAUUAAAUGAGGAGUCAUCUGAGGUUGAGAAUGGCUCGGUUAUUGUUCUUGCCAGUGCAAGUGAAGACGAAGAGGACUUGACCAGUAACACUGAUCUGUGCCAGUUUGGUGUGAAUGAACAUUUUACAGUACCUGAAUCUGAUAAUGAAAGGGAAGAUGAUGAAAGUAACAUUGAAAACAAGGGUAAAGAUAAAUAUUUAGAAAAUGGAUAACAGAACUGAGAAAUGAAAUUUUAAUUAAUUCUAAGUUUGAUAUGGAUAGAAUUAUUAGAAUUGUGAUUUGGUGGAACAAUCAGUAAGUAAGCUAAUGCUUCAAAUCCCAUCAUGUACCAUAUGUGCUAUAUACAUACGGUACAUUUACCAGAAUAAAAUUUAUGGAGAGAGGGGGAAAUUAAAAUAAAUUACAAUUGAAGAGCAAUCAUGAAAACCACAGUAUUAAUAUUUUUUGCUAUAAUUUUAGUAUAAUCACAUGCAUUACUGCAUGGAUCUGCAACUUUUAAAUAUAACUGUUUGGUAACCAAAUAAAUGCAAGGUUAAGAUGCAAAUAAAAUGAAUUGAGAUGUUUGAAUGCCAUGAAAAGCAAGAUAAAGUUAUUCCCUUCAUUACCUCUAUGGAUGCACAAAAUUCUAAAAAAGUGUUUUUUUAAUUCCAGAACUUAAGAUAAAUACACCACACAGAUUGCCAGUAAUGGACAAGCUCUCUCCAGCUGUUGACCUCAUCAGUGUGGACGGUGACAGUGAUGAUGAAGAUAAUGAACCUCACUUAACCACUAGUAGAUUACAGGGAAGUUCAUCACCCUUGUUCUCUUCCAGUCAUGGGGUUAAAGAAAAAGUGAAACUUAGCAAGGAAUCACUUGAUCAAAUGGUUAAACUAACAGGAGCACUGUCUCUCAAUAGGUUUGUACAUCUUAAUAAUUAGUUAGUUCCCUUUCUCGCUUAUAGUGUUUAUGUUGAUUUUGUUGUUUUAUUCUUGCAUACAAAAGAAAAAUUCAAUUUAGUUUUGAAAACAAGUGCUAAGGGGUUUCCCAUAAAGGGCGUCGAACAAAAUACAAUUUUUUUUUCUUUUAUUUCCCUCCUCCUUAUCUGCAAUUGUCAACAUGAGUAUUUCUCGUCUCCCUCCCCCCCCCCCAUCCCAGGGUUGCAGGCGCAUAUGGCAAUUUACUGUGCAAAAUGCAAGUAAUUAUACUUAUUAUAAAGACCAAAGAAUCACUAGAUUUAAACUUCUAAAUCAGUAUGAUAUGCACUGCUGGUUUGGGGGGGGGGGAUGAUUUUGGAGGUUAUGCAUUCUGGGGGUUGUUACAAAGAUUUAGUAAUAAUCCUGAAAUCUGAAACUCUCAAAUAAAGCCAACAGUCGUCUAAAAAUCUGUGAAAUUGAUGAUUUUUUAUUAAUUUUUAAAAAGAAAUUAUUGCAAUGUUUUGUAUCUAUUGCUUUGUGUUUACAUUCGCUAGAUAUCAUUUAUAGUUAUUGGUACAUGAUUUUCUUCCUGUGACAUAAUUUGUGACAAUUGUUUCAUUUAGCCGAACCAAGAAGCUGCACUGGCAAAAAAUAAACUGAGAGGACACAUUACACAUAUUUUAACAUGCUUUACGCUUGCUUCCCAAGAUGCAAGAUGAUUUUUUUUUUACCUCACUCCCCAACUGAUUACCCAAAAUGUUUUAAUGCCCCAUACCCCCCAAAUUAUUGGGAAUUAAAAAAAAACAACAACAGCCCUAAUGCUGCCUUAAAGAAUAAUGCAUUUCAAUAUUGCUGCCAAAAGUAGGAAAAAACGAACAAAAAUAAUUGAGCUAAAUUUGUGUUGUAAUAUAUGAAAAACAGUACCUAUAUAAAGGUAGUUAAUUUUUUUUUAAAUCAGGUUAAAAUACAACCCCCCUUUUUUUUUUUUCUUCCCAUUUUGAAACAAAUGCAUUUCUUAUAUCCCAGAGCCUUGAUGUAGCUAGGUUUAGUGACCCCCACCCCAUAACCAGGUGGACUAAUAUUUUAGCAGCCCACUCUCAUGAAAAACUCUACAGUUAGUCAAAAAUAUCACCCCUCCUUUUAAAAAAAAGUGGUAUCCAGGGUGGACUGUUUCUCCGCACCCUUCCCCCCACUUUUCCUUUACCAUUGUCCCAAUGACAAUUAUGUGUCUUCCUAUAGUCUACAAUGUGCCUUCUUGUGGGGGGGGUACACCAUAAGUUAGCAAACACUGGAAAUAUGGGAGGGGUGGAGUUGAGAGAACAUAAUAUGUGGAUGUCUCCUAAUUUAUAAUAUAAGUCAUUUGAUUAAAGUCAACCUGUGAAAAAACUCCCAUUGUUUACAUUUGUCGAUAAUUAGCAACCACAUAUUUAGAGUGAUCUCCCUUAAGAAGGUUUUUUCUAAAUUCUUGGUGGUUUAUGAAUAUAUGAUCAAAAUUUUGCAAAUAGAUCAGAGAUAAAGAGGAAUACACGCAGUAGGCAUAAAGCAGCAUAUGGCAUUAAAAUAAAACAGCUAACUUGUAGAUGUUCACAACAUCCUUUUAGCCCCCCCUUCCCCAAAUUUGCAUUGUCCGAUAAUGAACAAACAUUCCCCCCCCCCUUUUCCUUUCCUGUCUCUGCGAAGGUCUAAGGACGACACUCAACCCUAAUUACAUUAUCCCAUAUCUUCUGGUUCAUUGCAUAUAAUCACAUAACCCCCUCCCCACUUCUUUUACCAUGUAAAUUUGUUCAGAGGUUGACAAAUCUCAAAAUAAUUAAGAGUGGGUUCCAUUUUCUUAUAUUUUUUUUUGCAAAGGAGGGAUAAAAAAAAAGUAUAAGAUUCAUGCUGCUUUUUGAAAAUUUGGGACAGGAAUUCCAGCUUAGUAAAUUUCAAUUGCAGGAAAAAUAAAUAUGACGACUCUUCAAGUGAAGAUGAAUUUGAAAAUUGUAAGUUGUUCACUAAAAAAAAUUCUGAAUUCUUUAAAGUAAUAAUAAAAUUUGUGUUCAAAUAAGUACUCAGAUGAAACAUUACUUUUUUAAAAAUAAAUAAUGUUUAAAUGGCUAAAAAAAAAUUAAGUUUUAAAUAAUUUUAUAGAUUUGCUAAAGUGUUAUGCCAUUUAUCACCCAAUAGAUACAAUUAACAUUUGGCCGGUUACUAACUUAAAAUUCUUGUUUAAAAUACAGCCUUAUUUUGCAAAAUUCAUAUUUAAAUAAGAAAAUAAAUUAAACUAGUUGAGUAAUGAAAUAAGAUUUGUGACAUCCAAAUCUGUGCUAAUUCUAUUCUAUGCUUUAUUUAUGUAUUUAGUCUUGGGUAAGAUUAAGAAAGAAGUCCACAUGAAAAGUCCAAGCAGAAGUGAAAUGUGAGUUUUUUUUAGUUACUACUGUGAUAAUAAUUUAAAAUUUACUGUUUAAUGAAAACCAUACAUUUUAAUAUAAAUGAAAUAAUUGCUAAGAAAUAGGUUUUGAUGAAUGACAUCAAUAAUAAUAAUAAUGAAGAGAAAUAAAAACAUAACAAGUUAAAAUUUGCUGAAACACUGAGAAAAUUAUUUGCUAAUUUUUAACACUUUAAAAUUGUCAAUAAAAGUAUUCCAUAUAACAUUUUAUAUAGGAUUCCACUUGAUGAAUUUAUAGUAGAUGAUGAUUCCGUGUCACAUACUGAUGAAGAAGAGGAUGAGCUAUUUUAUAUCAAAUAUAACAAUGACCGGUUACAGGAAAAUAAAAGGGAAAAAAGGUAUUUUACUUAUUACUUUUUAAAACAUAUGAUUUGACUAAUAGCUGUACUAAAAAAAAUUUUGCUAGUGAUAUCUUGACACUUACUGUCAACUUAUUUUUGGUAGUUGCUAUGUUGAAAAGCAAUGGAAGUACCUGAAACUGCUUGGCGUAAAUAAUUUGUGAACAAGAUUCUAAAAUAUUAAAUUGACAAAAGCAGUGUUAAAAUGUAUGACCUUGUAUAGUGCUAAAUUACCAAGGCUGUGGCAAAUGAUAAUUUAAUCUGAAAGAUGAAUACACAACAAUGUCACACAAUCACCCUCAAGGUUAUCAUUGCUUUCUCCAAUUUUUGAGUGUAAGUUUUAAUGUAAAUAAUGAAGCUGAGUUUUUUUACUUCUCAGGGAAGCAUACCCCGGGUUUGAUUCUGAGAGUUCUAUCUCACUGUCUGAUGAUGACUCCAAUUCUGACAGUGACCACAUAGAAACUGAACACCAUACAUACAGAAGAAAUCUGGGAAAAAAAUCAGAGAAGAUCUCUGCUGAUUUAUUUUAUGACAGAAGCAACAUAGAAGCCAAGGAAGAUUUUUCUAUUGAUUUAUUAAAAGAAAAUUCACUUAAAAGCACUAAAUCAUUGAGAUCUAAAUCAGAAGAGCUACUUGAAGACAGGCACAAUACUUGCAAAACAUCCACGGAAACAUUUAAAACUCCAUUGCUAAACCGAGGUCAACCAGAUAAAUUUAAUAUGCCACUUGCAACAAAUCUUAUCUAGCCUUAGUUAUUUAACUAACUACUACUGACUUAUGUCACUUUUGUUAUUGUUAAACCACUGUUAAGAUACAUUAUCUAAAAUUCAGUGUAUAAGUGCUUUUGUAUAAAUUAUUUAACAAUACCCUUUGUUCUCAUUAGUUUUGCAGGUUCAUGCAGCAACUAAUCCACCUCCAAGAAAACCCGGCAAUAUUGGCUUUGAUGACGCACUUCAUCUUUUGAAUUCACUUUCACGGGACUAUCCUGAGUAUAAACAACACCCAGAAGCUGCCAGGUAUGUCUCAGUUUUCCAAAAAAUUACCCAAAAAGUAACCCCACGAGUUAAAAAGUGUAUGAGGAGAAAGGAAAAAAAAAUUAGUUGCAUAUGUUAUCCCCUUUUUUUUUUCUUUUUUGAGAUGUAAAAAUUAAGGCAAGUUUUUCCCGCCUCCCUCUAGCUUAACCAAGGAUGAUAGUUACACUUAUGUCUCUCACUAAUCUCAAUGUUAUCAAAUAAUACUGAUAGUAUUUGCCCGUAGAACUUAAUGAAUUAAUAAAUGCUUACGUUUUGCAGAUUUGUCAGGAAUUUUCAACGGACAAAGGAGGAAUUAACAAAGAGACUAUUAUUUAUCUUUAAUGAGGAGGUCUUUGAAAAUAAGGUAAGUUAAUUGAUUUAUGAUGGGCAAUGAGAAUAGUCUUUUUAGGAGUUAAUUGUUCAUUUAUUUUUAACACUAAGCUUUGGAUGAAGUACCAUACAAAUGAGUAAGAAUGAAAAGAACACAAACACACUCUGAUAUAAAGUCAAAUCUCAUAAGCUUUAUUAACAUUAUAGAAAUUAAUUUUACAUACAUGUCUUGAUGUUCUUCACCUUUAAACUUUAAACCAUUGUUAAUUAAAAUAUAUAAAAUUAGCAAAUUUAACACUAAAAAUGCUUUUGGGAGCAAUAAAGAAAUAUUGCUUAUUAAAAUAUUUUGUCUAUGAUUAAUAGAUAAUUUUUUUUAAAUAGACUGUCAUAGCCUGUCUAUUCACCUAGUUUUUAUUCACAACACGCCUUACAUUCAACCUUACCUUUGCUCCCCCAUUUUGUGCUUUGAUACUGAGGUCACUGAUUAAAUGUGUAGUGCCAAUAUUUUUUUACUCUCCCCUGCCUUGAUUAGAAAAAGGUUGUUUACAUUCUAUUUGUUCUAAAGAAUUAUAUCGGGUGAUGCAAAUUCUUGAAUUUCUUUCCUGGAGGUUCCAACUAUCUCCCUAUAAAUAAACCGACAGCUUUUCUAGCCGGAAGAGGGUUUUGCUAAUUUUCCUAGACAUUUACGAGACAUAAUAUAUUAAUAUGAGUCUUAAAAGAUUGUGCUCUUUGUGUGUGUAUAAAUAAUAUUUGUAUCCUUUGAGGAUUGUACCUUUUCCCUCCCUGUGCUGUAACUUACUGUAAGUUGAUGUAGUUUUUAUUUCUGUGUAUUUGAUUUUUAUUUUUACAAAAAUUUGAUAGUAUAAUUAAAUUGAAAAUUGUUAGUAUCACUAGCUUUGGUAUCAUUUUUCUUACUGUUUUUUUAUUCGUUGUUACGUACUGUUCAUUUAUCUAGCCAAAUCUUAAAACAGAUUAAAAUUUCAUAACCAUAAAGCGGUAUGUAACACGGACUAACAACUUUAUAAACUUUCCCCUUUAUAUUAAACCAUUGAAAUGAUAUUAAUGACUUGAACUGAUUGUAAGAUUUAAAUCAUGAGUUGUUUGAGUGGGAUGUUGAUCAGGAGAGCGUGUACACCUUUGUCACAAUGAAGAAAUCCUAAGCCGGUUGGUCAGCUGGUUUUAUUUAAAAGUUUAUAGGGUCAUCAAGAAAUCUAAAACAGGUCCAAAUGAGAAUUGAAGAAGACCGUAAACAAUGCCAUUUGUUGAGUAUUAUUAUAAUGACAACUUAACUAUUAACAGACACUGGAAAUUUAAAAGAAGGUUUUUAACUUCAAUUUGAAAUUUUGUGAAAUAGAAUUAUUUUACAUAUAAUUUCUGUGACUAUUUAUCAUCUUUGUUUUUUUUUUAAAUUUAUCCCUUCAUCAGGCUAUGAUAAAUGAAGAUGGGUGUUAUAGCCAAACUCUGCAAGCUAAUAUUAAAAUAAAUACAAAAAGUAGUAGUCAAACUCUGAAAGUGAGAGCUCUUUAUUUUCUCUUUCUGUAAAGUCAUACAAAUUAAGCAUAACUUCAUUAGUAACGUGUUAGGCUUUCCUGAAUUUUAAACAUAUUUUUUUCAGACUUCAUCUAGAUUUAUAUUGGCUCUUUAUCCCACAUAAACGCAAACUUUUUUUCAAAUUUUAUGUGCCAUGGAUUCUAGUAGAACCAAGGGAAGGGCUGGGUGAUGCUUUUGGGAUAUUGAUAGAAAAAUCAGUAUCCACGAAAUGCUUACAUCCAUGUUCAAUGUUAUUUUUUUAACUGUUUAAAAAUUUUUAAAAAUUUUGUUGUUUGUUUCAGCUACCAAAGGAUCUUGAGAUAGAAUGGAGCCAAAGAUACACAAAGACAGCUGGAACAUUUUGUUAUAGAGGCACACCAAGCAACUUUAAAGCAAAAAUAACUUUGUCAGUUAAAGUUUGCGAUUCUCCAGGUAAUAAGCCCAGUUGAUGUCUAAUUGAAAAUUGUGCUUAGCUUGAAGGCAACAUGCCCCAACCCCUAAGAAAAAACAAAAGAAAUUAUAUUUUUAAGGUAAUGUGACGGAAACUAUCAAAAAGUUUCAAUAAUUUCUGUUCACAAAAUGAACAAAAUUUUGUCCCUAAUGAAAAUAGAAACAUAUUUUUCUUUUUCUAGUGAAAUAUUAAUGUUAAUAAUAAUUAUAGAUUUAGUCUUACACGUUUCAAUGACAUCUUUAUUUAUUUAUUAGAACGUGUGAGAAAUACCCUUGCUCAUGAACUCUGUCAUGCUGCUGUUAAACUGAUCAAUGGAGCCAAUGAAAGCCAUGGACCAAUCUGGAAGUCAUGGUAAAUUCUUUUUAUUAAAAUUUUUUUAUUCUUUUCACUUACAAAAUUAAAGGACAUCUUAAUUAAAUGUACUGCAACUGAUGAUUAAUAUUAUGGUGGUGGUAUUAAGUAUUAAGUGGUAUUAGGCCUCAUCAUCACUGGUUUCCAAAAUGUGGCCCUCUUAACCUGAAGAAGGCCGGCUCAAAACCAUAGUUCUACUACAGCUAUAUUAAAAUAGCAAGGUAGCUGGUCUUACGAAGGAGAAAGAGCAUGAGUAAAAACCUCAACUGAUAGAGGCAGCUAUAAACAUGGUGUGUUUUAAAAAUGAUCUGUUUAUGUUCACCUGACCAUGUGUCUAAUAUUUUUUUAAAAAAUGGUGUCUAUUCUACAAAACUUUUCUUUGAUCUCUGUAGUGUACAACUCUCAUGCAGUUAGUUGUCCAUUCUUAUUUCUUUGGACCAUUGAUGCCUUGUACCUAAAAGGUUGGGAAUAUGAAAGUGACAGUCUCAUUUUGUUCACGUCUCUUGCUUACCUGGUACUAUUAACUCAGUGUUUUGAUGUUGACUGCAGGGCUAGGAAGAUAAACAGAAAGUUUCCCUUCAUGCCAACCAUAGCCAGAUGUCAUGAUUAUCAGAUAAAUACCAAGUAUACUUAUCAGUGUGUCAAAUGCAAAUACAGGUGAAGAAAUAUUUCCUACGGUAUAUAAUUAAUUAUAUACAUUAUUCUUUAUUACUGCAUCUCUACUAACUUUUCUUAAGUCAUUUUAAACUUGUAAUUUUAACAUAAAAUGUUCUGUAUUUGUAGAAUAAAUACUUUUAAUGGACAUAUUCAAUUCUAUUUUUAAACAUUUGUUAGUGAGUAUCAUUUAUAGUUUAGACAACAGUGCAAGUUACAUACUCUAUUUAAUACUUCUAAAUAUUGAUCUUGUUUUCAUUAUAGGAUAGGACGCCAUUCCAAGUCAUUAGAUACUGAAAGAAAAGUUUGUGGCUUUUGCCUUGGCAAAUUUGAAGUUUACUUAACAAAAUCUCUGAAUUCCAUAAAAGGUGAUAAUCCAACAACUCCAGCUCCAAAGACACCGAAUAAAUUUGCAUUGUAUGUCAAAGAGUGUUAUUCAGAGAAGAGGAAAGGGACAAAUUUGAAGCAUGGUGAUGUGAUGAAACUCUUAAGUAAAGAAUUCGCAGAAAAAAAUAAAAUUUGCGAUCAAUCAUGUCAAUAAUUUUGGAAAACCUUGUUUAUGAAUCCAUCCAAAAGGAUAAUAAAAUAAAUUGAUUAGUGAUUACAAUUGACUUUGUAUUUAGUUUUAGGAAUCAU